GCUUCCACGGCCAGCUUAUUCCUACACAUCAACUCAAUCAGCGUCAAUAUUCCCUGCCCAACCCGCUUGACAAUACACAUCUCCAGAGAGAAGACCUACGCGAUGACCGCGCCUCUUCUCGCCUCUGAAUUUCCAAGACGAAGACGCGGUCCAUUUGGCUGACCCCAAUGACGCAACCACCGCCAUCAACACCUACACCUCGUCGAUUUCUGCUUUCCAAAAGACCUCCAGCGUCGCAGCAGCACACACCAGGAAGCGGCCCACCCGUCUUCGCCGGCAGCCAGCGCUUUCAACCCACGCCCCGAUUCGCCCCUGCGUCGUCGACCCAGCGACCUCCCGCAACACCUGUCUUCCCUGGUUCACUCCGACCGUCAAGACACCGAGACCCGAUCCACGAUGUUCUGGAUAGUUCCUCGACAGGUGCGCCCGUCUCGGCGACACGACCGACGCUAGGGACUGGGACGCAGAGGCAGAAUCACAGGAUUGAUAUCGACUCUGACGUCGGUAGCGAUUCGCCUUCGGAGGAAGACCAGGAUGAACUUCCGCCGAUGGUUGUCGCGGUGAACGAUUCAAUUGAGAUUGAGUCAGAGACGCCUAGUCUUCUAUACAGCGAGACGGAGGAGAGGACACCAAAGAGGAGAAGGAUUUCGGUCUCGCCAGCUUUGAGCUGGCAUGAGGAGCCCAAGGAAGAUGUGGCCAUGGGGUAUCAAGAGGAAGAACCUCUCUCCGGAGAAAGCGAAUCCGGGGACGAGCAGCUGCCAGAUGCCGACGAUGAGCUUCCACUCGACAGGGGCACGCCCGAUAUGGACGACGACUUGGUCGUCCCUCAGCACACUACAGUGGACCCGGUCAAGACUCAGCCGACCUUUCAUCGCCCCCCCCGCUUCAAGGUGUCUGAAUCCGAAGUUAUUCGACAAGAAGGCCUACCGGAGGCUUUCUCACCGCAGCGACGAGGCGCGAAAUAUGUCUCGGGGGGACUCGCGGCAGAGCUGCAGACAUGGCUGGCAGAGGUCAAGGGAUGGACGGGCGGCGACCGCCCGGCGGACCUGGUCAUGAGUAUCGCCGUUGACGAAGUACGUCAUGGGAACAGAAUGUAUCUCAUCCGAGGUCGCAGGAUUGUGGGCGACGGGGACGCAAGAGAGGAGAUUGCGGCGCGACUUAUGCUGGCUGGGGAAGGACGCUUGACGGGCUUGGGACAAAAGGCUCCUGUCACUGUUGGCAGCGUCGUUGCAAUCUCGCAACCUGCAUGGGAGAUUGAGCUGCAGGAUGGUAGAUGGAUCGUCGCGUGCGACUGGGCGGUUUCGUAGGAGAGUUGAUGCAAUGAUGAAUCUAGAGUAGCAAUCUUGAAUAGUAACAUCUCUGCAAAUGGACUUGGUGAAAUCAUGUUGUGCAAUACAACAUGGAACUAAUCUUGUACCUACGAGAGUGGUCCAUAAGAUGUUGCAGUCUAUAACUUCAGCCAAGUCAAAUCAUUCUUUCUCAAUUUGAAAUGCAUUACUCCCUUUCGUUCUUUCUGGCUAUCGGUGCG